UUCGUGACCUAGCGCUAGUGGAUGAACGUCUCCAAAGUCCGUGAGCCUGAAUAGGCAAACCGGCAUUUAGGAGGCUUCCGCGGGAAUGUAAAUGCGCUUUUAGAGAAAGCAUUUGAGUCUACAGAAGAUGCAUCGUAAGGCUCGUUUCCUCUUCCCUUCGCGUUGAAAGAGUGAAUACGUUUGGGGUCGUAGGGCUGAAGAGGAGGAUGCUGCAGGGUUCAGACUGGCAGAGAUGGGGACAGAAUCGGAUUAAGCUGACCUCUGACCUCCCGUGGCUUUAUUUUCCGCUCUCUCGACCAUUCCACCAUCCUGAAGCGCGCUGGGCUUUCUUGACUCCAUCCUCUCCAGAAAUGAUCACGAAGACUCACAAAGUAGACCUGGGUCUUGCGCUCCCAGAGAAAAAAAAGAAGAAGAAAAAAGUGGUCAAAGAACCAGAGAUUCAAUACUCAAUUAUAAAUGAUGCCAAUUAUUUUGCUGAUACUUCUUCUGUGAGGGGCACAGCCCCCUCUAGGACCAUUAGCCAAGGGCAGGCACCUGAGAUGCCCCUGGUGAAGAAAAAAAAGAAAAAGAAAGGCCACAGCACCCUUUGUGAGGAGCUCCCAGAAUCUGAGCCCACAUCACAAGCCAGAUGGACGGAGAAGUCCCCCAGCCCCAGGAAGCUGGCCCUUGACCACUCAGAGUCCUUCAGAGGGGAGAAAAAAAAGAAGUCCUUGCCUUUGGCCAGGUCACAGGGCUUAGGGCUAAAGGCCUCCUUGGACCCCAGACAGGGUGAGAAAGCCGCCAGUGCUGGCAAGAAGCUCAAAAAACACAAGAAAGAAAAAAAGGCCCAGGAUACCAGAGCCUACCCCAUCCGGGACCCACUGCCCUGUAAGGCCGGAGAUGCUUCCUAUGGAUGCACGGUGGGGAAGGGGGCCGAGGAGCAGGCGGCCUUGGGGCAGAAACGGAAGCAGGGCAGCUCCAGAGAACACAGCGGGAAAGUGAAGAAGAAGAAAGUCCACCAGGAGGAAGACACCCUCCUAGGCCACUCGGGGCUCUCCAGGUCCACGGCAAGCAGCCCUAGGAAAGGAAAGAAGCAGCAGCCGGUCAAGGUUGAGGUUCUAGAGUACAUCCCAAUAGGGGAGGACGCUAAGGCCCCAGGGAAGAACAAAACAAAGGCUAAGAAAAAGGUGGAACAGCCAAUUGUUGAGGAGCUGGCUCAGAAAAGGAAGAAGAAGAAGAAGAAAGAGACCAUGGUAGCAGCAGAGCCUUUGAAGGAGGAGCCAGACACAGACCUGGAGGUGGUGCUGGAGAAGAAAGGCAACAUGGAUGAGGCGCACAUAGACCAGGUGAGGCGAAAGGCCUUGCAAGAAGAGAUCGAUCGGGAGUCGGGCAAGACAGAAGCUUCUGAGCCCAGGAAGUGGACGGGGCCUCAGUUUGGCCAGUGGGAUACAGCAGCUUUUGAAAGCAAGGAACGGAAACUGAAAUUUCUCAAACUUAUGGGUGGCCUUAAGAAUCGGUCCCCUUCGUUCAGCCGCCCCCCUAGCAUGACUGCAAGACCCAACAUGGCCCUCAGCAAGGCGGCAGCGGACACCCUGCAGCAGAACUUGCAGCAGGACUACGACCGGGCCAUGAGCUGGAAGCACAGCCGGGGCGCCGGCCUCGGCUUCUCUGCCUCCCCCAGCAGAGUCUUCUACAUCGACAAGAAUGCAUCCAGGUCUGUCAGGCUGGAAGAUUAAACGCUAGUGUCUUCUACCCACACAGCCCAGGUGGCUUGUCUCGGUUUUGCAGAUGAAAGCCACCUAGCGGUGCGCAGGAUGGAGCACCUGUGGAGACCAAGGACAGAUGGGCAGCUCACAUGUCCCGGGAGCAAAAACCUUUGUUAAACCUUCAUCCCUGUGGUGACACGGGCAUGUAAAUAAUGGCAGCUGACAACUGACCUUUGUUGAGGGUAUAGUAUGGCCCAGGCAAAUACUGUUUUUGCAUUACUGUAUUUAAUUAUAAAUGGGUGCUAUUCAUGAGGCAGCUGAGGUUCCAGGAACAAGUAAUAAAAUUGCCCAGGGCCCCUACCAUUGA